AUGAGAUCUUUGCCACCACCAAGAAUUACCAGGGCACGAAGAUGGAAACGAAUCAAGCGUGCAUUGAAAAACUUGCUUGCCAAGGGUUACAUCUCAGACUAUGGUGUUUUCCACAGAAGGUCACUUUACUCGCGCCGUUUCUACUCCAUCACCAAGGUGCACAAGCUGCCAAUUUUGUCAAGAAUGAAAAAGAGAAAGUCAGACAUGCAGAUUUUCCAAACUGCAAAUUCGGGGUUGAGAUUUGUCAAACAUUUAAGCAAAUUUAUCGCCAAAUUUUCAAUACCAGGGUUGAAGGAGGACAUAUUUGGACACAGAAGAGGGAGAAUGAGAUUGUCAUUGAAAAUGUGA